GCUGCAUGAAAGCAUCUGUAACUACAGAAGAGAAGGAGUGAAGAAAGGUAACAGAAGAAAGAAGAAGCAAAUAACCCAAUUUGCUAAACUGAAGAGGCACCACACAGGGAUUUUCUUAGUACCUCUAGUUUGUACAGGUUGACCUGCACAGAUAUGGAUAUCUUCAUGGAGAAGGAUUUCAGUGUUACCAGUAACAUCAGCCUCAAAAUAGGACAAGGAAGACUAGAAGACAGCGUAAGCCAUGGACUCAACCACAGCGACCCCUUGGACACGUUCAUCGGCAUGGAGCUUCUUCAGCACUUCAAACCUCUCUUUCUGCCUCUCUACUGCCUCGUAGUGGUUGUGGCAGGUGUCGGAAACUCGUUUCUGCUGGCCUGCAUUCUGGCUGACAAGAAACUCCACAAUGCCACCAACUUUUUCAUCGGUAAUUUAGCAGCUGGUGACCUUCUGAUGUGUCUGAGUUGCGUGCCACUGACUGUGUCUUACGCCUUUGACAGCCAUGGCUGGGCUUUUGGAAGACCUCUCUGUCACUUGGUGCCCUUGCUGCAAUGUGCCACAGUGUUUGCAUCAGUGCUCUCACUCACUGCCAUUGCCGUGGACCGCUAUGUUGUUGUAGCUCACCCAGUGCGGAGGAGGAUCUCUGUGUGGGGCUGUGGUGCAGUAACUUUGGGCAUCUGGCUUUUGUCUUUGGCCUUGGCUGCUCCUCCGUCUUACUACACUCGCUACCUGGACCUGCGACCCAGCCACAUCGACCUGGUCGUUUGUGAAGAAUUCUGGCCAAACAGUGGCAAUCUGCGGCUGCUCUACUCCUGCUUUAUUCUCAUAACCUCCUACAUGAUCCCACUUCUGUCGGUCAGCGUAUCCUACUGCGCCAUCACCGUCAGCCUAAAACGGUAUUCCAUCCCUGGGGAGCCAUCCAACAGUCAGCAGCGCUGGAACCAAAGGAGGAAGAAGACCUUCUCUCUGCUGGUGGCCUCAGUGCUGGCCUUUGCACUGUGUUGGCUUCCUCUCCAGGUGCUGAACCUGCUGCUGGACCUGGACCCAGAUUUCCACAUUAUAGGAAAGCGCUACAUAAAUGUCAUACAAGUCUGCUGCCAUUUAGUGGCUAUGAGCUCUGCAUGUUAUAAUCCCUUCAUCUACGCCUCACUGCACAGCAAGGUGCGCCUGCACCUCAAGGGCUACUUCUGUCCUUGCCACCACCGUCAGAGGCGGAUGGUGGAGAGAGCGACGUCUAGGAGCUGAUCCUAUGAUGCAACUACUCUAACAGCUGUCAACAUACAGAGCCUGUCUUCACCUGCAAGCCAACGCCUACACCACCACACCAAUGUGCAUGUCUGAGGUGUGUCGGAAGAUACAACAGAGCUGCUUAACAUUCAUUGAAACCAGAUUUCUCCACACUUGUCCAGCAUUUUAUGACGUCAAGACAUUUCCUCUCUUGUACAUUAUCGCUGGAGGCAGCGCUAAAUAAGGCCACUUAUAACAAACAGGCGAAGCAGCAGAUCUAUUCCAGAAUGUGUAAUGUUUAGAAUGAUGAUGAGGAAAGAAGACUAAACUAUCCAAUGUGAUCCCUGUGUUGUUCUUGGACAGCAGAACUGCUGGCAGAGACACUAAGCAGAUCCUGCAGCUUUAAAAAAUGGCCAGCAGGGGCCUAAACAGACCCUUAGGCUGAGGAGCUCUGCAGCAGACUUAUGCUGGAGGCUGAAAGCAGCUGCGGUGGUUAUGCUGGCCUGGAUAUCCUUAGAAUGUAAACGCUUGACUUCAGGGAGCUGACCGAACAGUGAACUCUUCUCACCAGGCAUGGAUUACAGACCAGAGAGGUGAUGAACAAAAGAAAUGUGCUUGAUUUAUUUUGUCACUGAUACUGAAUCUCUGUUUCAAAAUCCUAUUCUUAAUGUCAGUUAUGUCUCUCUUGUACUACAUAUCACAAACAUUAUAUGAUUAUGUUAAAAUGCAGAUUUCCUGCUCUAUUUAGUGUUGUUAUAUACUACUUAGUCUUCAUGAAUUGACUCUGGAGUUUGAAUUAAUGUUAGUUGUGCACAUAGAAAUUUAUAUUUGUGUUUGUGUAACAUACUGCAUGCACAGUAUACAACAGAAGUAAGUACACCUGUGUGCAAUAUCACUUAAAUAUCAAAUGUGUUAAAAUUUGCAUCACCUUACAGUCAUUGCAUUAAAUCUAAGUACACAGAAGGGUAUUUACUCUCCUGGAAAAUUAAAAACUAACUAUUUAGAUUUACUAUUUUGAAAAUACAGGCCCCACAGUAGGAACUCAAUGCAACAAAUGUCGGCACAUUACUUAGAUUCAGAUGUUUUAAUUUUUCAGCACUGUAUAUAUUCAUAUUCAUGUGCUCUGCCAUUCUUAGAAGACUAUCUUUAAGCUGGUCUUUACUAGUGGGGUUGUUUUGCUUUACAUUUAUCUUCCCUAAAGGUGUCAUAUUCGAUUAAAGUCAGACCUCGUAUUUUGUCAAGUCAUAGUGUUUGCUUUGUUUUUUCUUCUUUGUCAUUUGAUUUAUUAUCAUGUGGGAAUAUUUGUCUUCUGCCAAGCUUUUGGGGACUGGAAGUCACCCAUACUGCAUACCCUGUAUUCUGGUAAAUCCACAGGCACUCAUUGUGUUAUCUCUAAAUGUAAUUUCCCCAACACCCUUUGCACUCAUGCAGCCUUUUAUCUUCCUACAUCUACCUCCAUGCUUCACUGCAAGGACUACGCAUUAAUUGUGUUCCUGGCCAGGUUCAUGCCAAACAUGCUCGAACCACAUGAACCCAACAAAUGUAUUUUGGUCUCAUCUGACCAAAGAAUAUGCUCUGAAGAAUCAGCAGAUUUCUUUUCAUGCAUUUUUGUGAAGUUUACUGUUGUAGUUUAGUGCCAUAGAGCCAGCAGCUGAUUAUUUCUUGGACAUUGCCCAUAAAUGCAGAUUUUUUGUCGUUCACACCAUCUGAGCUAUCAUAGAAACUCUGAUUUCUAUUAAUAACCUCUGUUCUAAGUCUGAUGCACUUUCCCAUCUGUUUUUUAGCAUUAGACUGUGCAAGUACCACACUGUCCAUGGCAUCAUUUUCAGAGGAUGGUACAAAUGGGUCAUUCCAUACCUUCCAAUUACUAAUGCAGCCAUGUUUCAACUGUUUUUUAGUUCAUCACCACUCGCGCUGUAUCAUUUUCCAUCUUUGUAAAAUGCCACAAUCCCAUUUUUCAGUUGCUCUGGAAAUUCUUUUUGCACAUGGAGCCAUGAUGCAGACAUGCAGAUAGAUAAAGCUCAUAGGUCCAAAACUGAAAGGAUUCUGGUGUUCACAGGUCAUUUUAUAACAACAUUCAUGCAGUUAGGCUUUGGUUGCACUCAGUUUCUACUGUAUUUUUAAUAUAGUCUUUCUGAAGUAUUUAUUUUUUGAUUAUUAAUAAGAGGAAAUACUGUACUUGUCAAAUUACAAACAAUAAAACUGUUGAGAGGUGAUUUAAUUUUAAAUCAUCUGGCAUUUAAAUGGCAUUUCCCAGUGGUGUACUCACUUCUGUUGUACACUGUAGUUUGCACAGCUUGUGGGGACAUGGCUUGAAAAAAAUCAAUAUGUGCAACCACGGUAGUUGAAAUAUGACAUUUAUACAGAAUGACACCUUCUAACCUGGUCUGUAAAAUGCAAUCAAUACCAUAUUCAUAAAGGUGUUACUUGACUGACAAUCUAAGUGUUCUGGCUGUGUCAGGAAAACAAGACUGACACAGUAAUCAACUUAAUAUUCAGUACACGAACAAUAAAGUCACCCACAAGCAUCGCUGCGCUGACGCUGAGUUUCCAUCAAGUAUGAUUAAUGCUUUCAAAGUCUGGGUAUUCAGUCAAUUUAUGUAUAUGCCUUCUGACUCACCAGAGAACUUGCUAAUGUGAUCUAAAUUACAUGUACGCAGCAUUAAUUCUAUCCACUUAGUUAUUUAAGGUGCUGCAGUUUUCGUUAUUAUUGCUGCUUGUGAUUUUAAAACUGUGUAUUUUUUUCAACUGUUACACAUGAAGGUUUAACAAUUCAUUAAACACAGCAAAUGUUUCAUAGUGCAGGCAGAUUGUCAAUCAAGCAACCCAGUCAGCUCAUUCAAAAUUGCCAAAGCACCAUUAGUUCAGUCAGCCUACUGCCAAGAGCAAAAAUGCCCAGUGCAGUUUUAGUCCAAACAAAUAAUCCCCAGCACCCCAGCCAACGCUGUUGAUGUCAACUGUCACCUGUUAACAAUAACAUUAUUUUGCUUCUUGUUGCUUGGCAGCCAGGUUGCCGUGGCUUUUGUCUCUAAGUGAACCUUGAGACUGUAUUCAGCUCUGCUGAAAUUGAUUUUAAUCCUGAUGCUGUUUCUAAAAGGGUUUGGUUGCUUAGUUUAGUUUUGUUCUGUAGAAAGGAGAAAAGCUGUUUUAGAGGUGAAUUUUACCUCCUUCCUCCAAUGGCCUACAGCCGCACACAACGGCCAGUCCCAGAUUAGGUACGAUUGAUCAGUGAAGUGUCUGAGUGCAAUUACCGCCCCUCCCAGCUCCCUGCUGAUCAGUGCUCACAAUUAUGGUCCACCUGAGUACACUUACAUCAUCAUCCAUGUGACACUUGUGUAAGCUACACAAGAUCCAAGUCUUCUUUUAUGUUAGGAAGAAGUGGCAGUGGAGUAGUAUUGAUGUUAUAUUUUCAACAGUGCUACAUUUUAUGAUUUUGGUACAGCUAUAUUUAACAUUUCACCCAAGAAUGCCUGAUCUGGACCUCAGUGUGCCUCUUCCAAACCAGGAACAGAUUGUUGUACUUUGCUGUAAUAAUGCUCUCAAAGUACUGACUUUUGAUGCAAUCAUACUUAAGUACAGCACAGACUACCAAGUGUGGAAGCACCUGUUAUCAAUCCACAGUUAAAGCCCCCGCAACGCGGAUUUAAAUCUUCAUUAUUUUCAUACUACAUUGAAUGUAAAUGUCUAAAUAAGCAACAUUAGAACUUAACAAUCUCAAGUAUUAUUUAUCAAAAGUCAAAUGCUUCAAUAUUCCGCUAAUAGUCUUAAUGAGGACUCUGUGGGUGUGACUUGAUCCGAUUUGGUGACAUAAGGAAGCGUGCAGCCAACAUUUUUUUUUCUGUUUACAGUUUUACACGUCUCUUUCAUGGUCUUUCAAUGGUGAUGUUUUCGCUAAGUGCUCUUUGGGGAACUGGAUUUCUUUGUUGCAGUAAUCUGAGUUACCAACGGAACAAUCAAAUGGUGCCAUAUCCAGCUUUCCUACUGACAUGGAAAAAAAAAACCUAAAUUACACUGUUUUUCACUAGUUGGUUGUGACUAUUUUCAUUAUAAUAGCACACUGGAUUUGUAGGAGCAAUCAUUGUUAAUAAAGAAACAUUCAGUGAAAACACAAAAUAAUGUUUUAAGGUUUGCACAUCAGUACAGUAAGUACUCUGCUGUAGUAUAAUUAUUGCAGACAGCAGAGACAAGCAAAUUAUGCUUCUACACUGAGUUGUCAGAUAUCUUGCUGUACAAGCCUUCUAUAAAUGUAGAGUGCAUUUGGACAGCAUAGCUAUGUUAACUACUAAUAGGGACGAACAUGACGUGUUGUUCUGUGGAGCUCCAAUGCUGGCAGCUCUGAAGAUUUUUCACAGUCUCUUCAGUUGUUUGGAUAAGUUCUACAUCAGUUCACUGACUUCAAAUUACACUAUUAUAAUUUGUGAUGAGCAAACUUUGGCGUUAUGACAUACACAAAGGUGGGCGGAUUUUUGCUAAGACUUGACUGUAUAAACAAUGUAAGCCCUUCAGAGUGAAAAUUAAGACCUGAUUUAAUAAUAUUUGUUUAUAGGGUGUGACAAGUUGUCACAGUGAAGACGUUGGAGUGAUUAGGUGUUACAUGAAAAAGAGAAUUAUCCAAAUAACAACCACCAUGACUGAAAAUUAACUGUUGCUGAUACAGUGCAGAAUGCUUACUAACACUGAAUUAUAAAUGUGCUUUUUUUGUAAAGUGGCUUAGAGCAAUGAGUUAGAUAUUUGACAUCACUAUAAAGGUAUUGUUAAUUUGACCUGUUUCUUUACUUGUGUUUAAGUUACCCAAUGAGAAAAACAAAGAUGUCAAACUGUUGCUUUGUCUGGUGUGAUAUGACUCACGUGGUCACGUAUUGCACAUACAUGCAUGCAUGUGCAAGCACAACGCUGCAGAGAAAACCAUGUGUUAUGCAGCAUUUCUGCAGCUGUAGAAAAUGCCUUUUCAGCUCUUGUAAGUUGUUGUCUGUGAAUUAAAAUUGU